AAAAGUUUGUAAGGGCUUCAGUAAGCUGUAGAGCACGUUUAUGAAUAAGGAACAUCUUACAUUGUUUAGGUUAGCUUGCUGGUCAUGCGUUUUGUGAUCUCGUGAACUAGACAUUUCAAUUAACAAUUUUGACAGUAAAAUAAAAAGUAAACAUUUUUCAAAUACAUGUUCAUUUAAAUGGGUAGUUGCUGGUCGGAGCUAAUCGUGAACAUGAUGCCUUUACUGUUAUUGUGGUUAGCUGAGUAAACUGAACUUGACUAUAUGGAGUUGAGUUUAUGACUUUCUGGCAGCUAGAGCAAAGUCUGUUCUAUCAUGUGCUCCAAUUUGUAGAUGAACUGAUUAUUGGUAAAUAAUGAAAACGCGUGAUUCUUCCCCACCAUUGCACGUUCACGUGCCAGAGACCACACCUGUACAUGUACACCUGAAGAGGAGUCAGAAGAGCUGUACUGCAAAGACCCCACAGAUGAAGAUUAAAGAGGUGCAAAUCAGAGGGGAUAUUGGGAACUUGCGUGCCAGAGCGAGGUCCCGGGCCCCCUGGGUGCUGGCCCCAGGAAGAACCUCCACUCGGGAUGACGCAUACAAGUGGGAGUUGACUGACCUGUCUGAUGAGGAUAAACAAGAGCAGAGGAUGCAUAGCCAGUGUAACAAAUAUAGGAGGAAGAUUGAUGGACUCAUGAUGGAUGUUGGUUCUCCAAAGAAUUACGUGAGGCUGUGGAAGAAGGAGCGUAUGAUGGAGCACCAUUCAAAGUGUCUGAGCGCAUGCCAGCGUGUCAUCGACGAGCAGGAGGAGGAGCUGCUGGAUGCCAACAAAGAGCUGGACCUCAGAGAACGAGAGAAGAUCUCCAUCCAACACUCCCUAAGGAAGAGGGGCGACGCAGGCUACAACAGUGCUUAUUCGGGGACUCUACACGGGGAAAGACACAUGCUACUGAGGAAGCUGGUAGAAGCGGAGUUUGACGGGGUGGCAGUGGUCACACAGUUGACAGCAUUGAAUGAGUCCAUGGGUGGUGUGAAAAAGGAUAAGCGGUUGUCCAUGGCGGACGCUGCCCUGCUUGGUAGGCAGCAGGAGUUGCUGACAAAGAAGAUAGAAACAUUUGAAAGCACAAACCGCACUCUCCAAGAACUCCUCAGGGAAUACCAUGAGCGAGAGAUCGAAUCAUUGAGGACGUCAGAGCAAAGUCAAGGCCUACUGAAGAGACUGGCGGACACAGAAGCAGAAAAAAUUCAUCUUGCUACAAAACUCAACAACAAAGAGAAGGAAGCCAUCCAGCUUGCAGUACGUUUGGAUUCUGAAAAGGACAUUGUGAAGACCACAGGAGAGCUGUCUAAAGUUCUGGAGUCAACCUGCAGCCAGCUUAUGGUUCAGUUACGCAGCAAAGAGACUGAAAAUGACCGCCAGGCCGGCCGGAGCAAAGAGAUGGAGCAGACCCAGGAGCAGCAGAAGGAGGAGAUACAGGCCCUGCUGGAGCAGCUGAAGCGACAGAGUAAAGAGGACAAAGAGAGUCUGAAGCUGGCCAACCAGAGGCAGAGGGCAGAGCACAGUGAGGAUUCAGCCAGACAUCUCUCUGCACAGCUGCUGGAGAAGGAGACUGAGUUGGCAGAGGCCCUUACCUCAGCUGAGAGCUGGUGUACCCGCCACUCUAAAGAGGUGACUGUUAAGAGCCAGCUUGAAGUGGAAAUCGCUGUUCUCAAGAACCAGGUGAGUGAGCUGACUGCACAGAUCCACACUGUGGAGGAGAAAGGCCAUCCAGAGAGGGAGGGGCUCCUGGACCAACUGCACCGCCUCACCUCUGACAACUCCUCCAACAAACUACAGAACCAGAAACUGAAGAUCACCCUCUCUGCUGCAGAGGAGAACCUGCUGCAGUCCCAGUCUGAAGCCCAGCAGCUGAAGAGUUCAGUCAAGAAGCUAGAGAGCCAGGUGGAAAACUAUAAGCGCAAGGUUCAGAGGGCUCGAUUAGAGUCAGAGGAGUACUGCUUAAAGCUGGAGAUCUCUGAGAAACAUGCACAAGGUAUGAAGGCUGACCUGGAGAGAGAGAUUGAGCAGGUCAGGAGGCAGCUGCUGGGCCGUCUGAAAGAGCUGGAGCCUCUGCCUGAGAGGCUGAAGCGUUCUGAGCUGCAGUUGAGAGUGGCCCAGGAAGAGACACAGACUCAGGAGAGGAGAAACACUGAGCAAAACAAUGCCCUGUCUGAACUCAGACACAAGGUGGAACAACAGGGAUGUUGGGUGGAGACUUUUCAAGAGAAUAAUUUUCUUCUGGUGGAGGAGCACAACAAUCUGCAGCAGAAGAUAGAGAUUAUAGAGAGGAAACUGGAGGGGGCAAACUUGCAGAACAGAGAUAUGGUCCAUGUAAUCGGCAAGCGGGAGGAGACCAUCCAUAGCACCCAGAAACAGCUGGAGGAGCGGGCCCGGGAGUGCAGCAUCCUCUCCAAGCAGCUGGAGCAGGCCUUCAAGGAUGGACAGAGAGAGGCGGAUCAGAGCCUGGAGCGGGCUUUAUUCAAAGAUAGGUCCAUUCAGACCAAGGCUCUGGACCUGGAGAGCCAACUGGGCCUCAGAAAGACAGAGCUCAGUCAGUUACGAAGAAGCAAAGAGGAUAUGGAGCUACGAUUCCAGAAUCAGUUGAAGAACAUGAAGGAGAGACUGGAACAAUCUGACUCUACCAAUCGCAGCCUGCAGAAUUAUGUUCAGUUUCUCAAAGCUUCAUAUAGUAAUGUGUUUGGUGACUCUGUGCUAUCAAGCUCUCUACACACACACUUACCAAUCUGAUUGAAUAGUGUUAGCCUUAUAUUGUAUGAGUUGUGUACCAAUGAUCUAUUUGUUAUUUUCAGUAUAAAUGUACUGUAUACUGUUAAUCAAAACUAUGAUAAAAUCUUAAAAUGAAAA